GGAUGAGUUGCUGGCGGUAACGAAAUAAUGUGUCAAGAACAUCUGUCGAAAGGUGACUUGAAGAUUUUCUCUUUUUGAGGUAAGCUCUUCCCUGUUUUUAGAUGUCACGAGGAGGACAUACUUUGUGGGUAUAAAUAAAAGGUAAAAUGAAACUAAACCAUCCGGGUUCGAAGAGAAUCUGCAGAGCUCGAACUUUCGGUAUGUACUGCUCCCGCUGGGCUUUUAAAUAUAAUAAAACUUUUUGCUAAACUGUCAGUGAUGGGCUCAUAUGAAAGUCCUAUAUUCACCUUGGAACGUCAAAAAGUACGAGGCGUUAACUAACAAAGUUAUUAGGCAAGUCAAAGUCAGUUAACAGAUGUCUGCACCGAUUUGUCAGUACGAUGCACGACAAAGUUGAAACGACAACAAUUCGAUUUGCCAAUCAUAGUUCGUUGUAUGCAUGAACUUAUGGGCAUGUAAUUAAGAUUUCAUAAAUGGACUUGGGUUGUGAUAAAUACCGAGCAUUGCAUUCCUAAUUCGUUAUGUAUGAGGCCAGUACGGCUGGUUUAUAUAGACUUAGUAUGUAUGAUUAAUUGCUUCCGUGUUGUUUAUUUUUAUAUAUUAAAAUAUCUUUAGCUUCUCUCGUGUGUUUAUUUAAUAGUCUGCAGUAUAAACAGGCUGAUUUCACGCAAAAAUUGCAACUGAAAAUUAUUCAGCGUCCUGGUAUAGUUCUCAUAAUGCAAAUAAUUAGCUUUGAUUGCAGUUGGUCCAGUAGACUUUGUUUGUGCAGACGAAGGCAUCUUUCGUGAUUAUGCAAAUCAGAAACCUGUUCACCGCGGGACUUCCGUCGAAUUUCAUUACUAUCCCUACUUCAUGGAUAUACCUCGAAUUAAUUACCGUAUAUGAUCAUGAUGACAAAAGUGCGAUCCGAAUUGCCUAUUUCCAUAAAGGAGGGUCCAUUGGGUGUGUUAAUACCAAUUGGGUUCUUCCAUUCUUAUUCCCGAUGAUUAUUGUCGACAUCCCUUAUCUCCUGUUGUAAUCUCGAUUCUCACCCAAAAUCCCGAAUGUCUGGGAGGGGGCGAACUACAAAAUCCCGAUAGUCGAUGUAAUUAAUGAUUGCUGCGGUGAUUGAUUUAGGCUAGGCCUAUUCUCCACAUCCCAAUCAAGAGCUUCACAUUACUAGCAGUGCAAAAGCUAAGGAAAGAUUAGGCAAAGUGAACUCUAAAUUCUAGGUCUUUGCAUAUAUAAUACCUUCUGGAAUAUCAAGGGAUAGAUACCACAGGCCUUUUUUGCAUUCGCAGUGUACGGUGAGGGCUCUUUUCGGUGGAGCGCUUGUAUUUUUGUUGUUUUAUCAGUUUUCCAAGUAUAUUUGUUCCUCACUUGUCUAACCUCCCCGAGCGCGGUCCCUUGCAUGCUAAUGAAGGUAUAGUUGCCGUGUUCAUUUUUUUCAUGUCAAAACGAUCUGUCAAAACUGUAAUACGUUGUUUUGGGAGAGUACUGAAUAUAAAUUGUUACGUGUUGUCUAUUUUAUUAAGCAUCACUCUACAAUGUUGACAUAUCGGAAAUCUAAACUGUCCACGUUGUAAGCUGCAACUUGUUUACAGUUCAAAUUGAGCCCUUAAUUCUUUAAGGGCUCAACAAGGCUGUUAGAGUGUCACUCCGAAUAAGCCAUUUAAUUCUUGACGAUUGGCGAAUUUUGUGGUCAACAUUUCAGGAGAUAAUAUAAUGCCCAUACCAGUCAUACCAGUCCCAGUCAAACUACAAACAAUCUGUAGUUCGGUGACCUUAUUUGAAUUCCUCUCUGCAUCUUAAUUCCUCGUACGAAGUGCUAAAAUAUUCGGAAACUUCGGAUUGCGCGACGAAGCGUGAUGUCACGCGAGGAAGAUUUAGAAAAAUGCCUGUAAAGUACUUUCCACUGUUUUUGUUCUGUGCAAUUGGGCAUGAACCUGAUAGUUACAAUAAAUAAAUAUUUUCAUAACUAAAUGAAACACAGUGAUGUCCUGAUGACGGAACUGUAACCAUCCGCCAUGUUGGAUCCGCCGAAAUUUGAUGUAAAGGUGAUGUCAGGGUUCGUACAGUCUUGAAAAGUCCUUGAAUUUUAGGGGAAGUCCUCGAAAAGGCCUUAAAUUUCUGUGCAAGUCCCAUACUUGAAAAGCCCUUGAAUUUUUUUCAACUUUGAAAGAAGUAGCCUUGAAAGAAUUACUUGAUGCUUUUUGGUUGUCCAAGACAGAAUAUAAAUCAUAGCUCAGAGAAUUUAAAGGUGUUGAGGCCUCAAAUGUAAUAAAUGACCCUAAAUGUAAUAAAGGUCCUAAGUGUAAUAACUUUUGGCCCUAAAUGUAAUAAAGGUCCUAAGUGUAAUAACUUUUGGCCCUAAAUGUAAUAAAGGUCCUAAAUGUAAUAACUUUUGGUCCUAAAUGUAAUAAAGGGUCUAAUAAUAUUAUAUGUGUAAAAGGUUUUAGCCCUAAAUGUGAUGGAAGUCUUAACAGUAUACUGCAUGUAUGUAGUAUAACAGCCCCAAACUUGAUAAAGUCCCUGACUGAAACAUGCGACGGUCUGAUGCGAUAUUAAUUUAAUAGCCAGCUGGCGAUUCACUUUCUUCGCCCUAUUGUAGUCUUCAUAGAUAUUCAUAAACUUAGAAAGGGGCUAGAGCGCUCAAGACGUAGGAGAAACACUUAUAAAUUAACUACGUCUCGAUCGUGUUUCCUACUACAUCCCUACAUCGUAAAACGCGAGUUAUAAACAAAUGGAAUCUACACAAAAGUUUUCAAAAUACAGUAGUAAUUUAGUAAUUGAAGGAAGUAUUAAUGUUCAUUAGAAACGAUCAUCGUAGUAAAUUAACUACUUUUGCCUAUGGGGUUUUUUAAUGUUGCGCCCAAAAAAGAAAUGUUCUUUUUUUUAUCAUUUUCCAAAAGAGUAUGUCGGUCGGUCCAUACAGAAUGCUGUGAACACGAAGUUAUCUAUAAACAGCAAGAUAUUAAGGGUAGUAUAUCUUGAUAGUUUUUGUGACUUCCUGACUUUGAUUUUAAUUUCUACCAGGAGUACUUCUUGAAGUGAAUUUUUAUGCUUACAUUUUUUCCAGGAUUUCACCACAUGAAUAAUAAUAAGUUUUUACUCAAAUGGCUAUAUAGGGGAUCUGCCUAGGGUAUUUAGUGCUUGAUAUUCCCUAGACACAUUCUGGCGCUCCGUUAACCUGUAAUAAGGCUGAAAGCAAACACUAUGAAAUCUUCUUAUGACCCUAAGCGUAAUAAGAGCUGAAAGAAUUACACUUAGGACCUUUAGUACAUUUAGGACCAAAAGUUAUUACAUUUGGGACCUUUAUUACAUUUAGGGUCAUUUAUUACAUUUGAGGCCUCAACAAUGUUACACGAGACGAUUCGCAACGAUGAUUUUUGGUGCAACACAGCGUUGCAACAUUGUUGCGACAUUGUUUCGCCGGAAUAGUUACUUACAACAUUGUCCCAACAUUGCAACGCUGUGUUGCGCUAAAUAAAAAUCGUCGUAGCGAAUCGUCCCGAGUAACAUCACCUUAAGUAUAAAAGGAUGCUUAGGAAGCAAACGUUAUGCAAGUUAUGAAAUCCCCGCCGAGAGAAAUGAACACUGUUGAAACUCGAACCUUGCAUCUGCCAUUUUGUCAUUUUUAAUUCCUUAAAGCCUCGAUUACAUCAACGGUUGUAAUGAAUUUGAUAACAAUGCUAAACUAGGUGUAAUAUAAUAAUUCAAGUAAACAUAGAAAUAAAACCUUUUGUACAGAAAAAUACAAAUUUUGAAAAACAUGGCUGUCAAAACUCGGUUGCCAUGGUAACGUCAAUGAUGACAUACACGUCUCGACUACUGCAAAAUGCUCCCAGAUGAUUUUUUAGAAAAAUUCGAUUUUAAAUUCAAUUAAAGUAUGUAGCGUGAACGUUUUAAAAGUUACUCGACUUUUUCGUUAGAGGGGCCCUCAAAAGCCCCUGCGGUCUGAAUAGGAUUGAUGUGUCAUGAAAAACUUGCUAGGAUACUAGAUAGUAGUAGAUAGUGGAAUAAUAGCAAACACCUUCUAAAUUUGGUCUCCGCAAGCAGGUUAUAUUAAGGCCAAUCAGAAAAGGAGAGAUAUUUUUUAUAAAUUUCAAAUUAAUGAUAUAAGUUACUAAUAGUAUUACUUUAUUUAGAGAGACUCAGGAAAAGACAAGAUCACUGCAUUCACGAAAUGAUGGAUGACGUUUCAAAAUCAGAGCUCGCGAAAAAUGUAAGAGUUAUUAAUGGACAAGUUGUCCUGGACCUGCGAGGAAAACGGUUGUCAAACGUUCCUCAGGCCGUCACUGAUCUCGCUGGUGUUAAGGUCCUUGACCUUGGCGACAACAAUCUAACCAAACUACCUGAAAAUAUUGGUGAUUUGGCUGAUCUAGUUGUUCUCCGCGUCAAUGGCAACAAGUUGACAAAGCUUCCAACAAGCGUUAGAAAAUUAUCGAAGCUACAAGAACUGUACUUAAACAAUAAUCAAUUACAAGGGAUCGAUGAGACCGUUCACCUGAAGGAACUAAGAGUUCUGCACCUCGAACACAAUCGAUUGUCAGAGUUACCUUCUAAUUUCAAGCAUCUGCAGAAACUUCAAAAACUGUUUCUGAACGACAACCAACUCACAGGAUUUCCCGAGGAUAUAUUUGAUUUGCAAGAGUUGGUAUGGCUGAACUUAAGUAAUAAUAGACUUUCAGAGAUUCCUUCCAGUAUCAGAAAGCUGAAAAAACUCGAAGUGUUGUACAUCAGCAACAUCAACCUGAGAGCAAUUCCGAAUGAAAUAUGUGAACUAACCCAUCUUAGAGGCCUAAAUCUGGAAGGAAAUCCUUUGAAAUCUGACGACGAAGGAUUGAAUCAUCUUUUGAAGCUGAGCAAAGAGCGACAGCCGUACAUGUCGAUAGCUAUUUCAGGUAAGCAUAGCGAUCUGAAAAUUCAUUUAGUUACUUUAUUUGUUCAUCACACACAUAAGUAUACCACAUUUACGUGAUCUUACGUAGCCCGCUGACACUCCCUGGAAAUUUGAGCGAAGAUGUACACCCUGCUUCCUGCAACUCUCACUGCUUUUUCUUGACCAAAAUAUGCCAUUUUCCUAUUUUAGAUGAGGAGGACGCAGUGUCAGUUGAAUUUGCAUGAGCCAUCAAUCAGUUGUCAUUUAGGUUAUGUUCACACCAAGAGACUAUAAAGGGGACAGAGAGGGCAUCCCCCAUAUACACCCUAUUCCAUAGGUAAUUCGUCUCGAGUUAUUUUUAACACCACAGAUCUCAAGGGGGAUUAGAUAACAGCCAAUCACAUAGCGCGAAUGUGUUCCGCGUGGAUGACCCACGCUGAGAGCCAACCGUCCUUCACGAAAUGACGCAGAACAAAAUGGGGGAAGACGCGGAGAGCGAUUUUGCUAUUCCUUUUGUCGACGAAAACGACUACAGCGAGAUUUCUGCGAAAGCUGUGUCAGCGAAACCGAAAUUAAAAAAGAAUCGCCCUUCCUCUCUUGUAUAGAGCUAACAGUAGAGCAGGGAAAUCCUUAACACACUGAAUAUUCUCUCAGGAUCAUUUAUAAUCUACAGUUUGAAGAGAGCAAUUUCUGGUUUGAUGUUUAUUUUUUUCAGUCUUUACAGCGAUUAUUCCUACCCACUUACUUUGUCAAUUGUAGGCGAACCCUCCUAAAGCUGAAUUUCAAGGGACCAUAUUCAAGCUCAGAAAGAGAAAUAAAAUUUCGUCGUUGCUUAUUUACGUCCUCCAUAAAACGCGAAAUUAGGCAUUUUCACGUCUUAGUCGUGCAAAAACGGGAAAGAAAUGAACAAAAAAGUGUGUUGCACGUGCGAAGUUGUUGUUUUGCUAAUUAAACCUAUUGUUCUUUUUACGUUCUAGUUGUCGUCCGCGUCGUUGGAUCUUAAACUCCCUAAAUUGUACAAACGACCGGUUUCAAUAGACCGGCGAAAUUUCUCAUUUUAUUAAAGCACUGAGGUUACGACAACUUCGAGUUAAACUGAUUUCACGGGUUGUCAAAGAGUCCAGCGAUUCCUUUUUGGAAUAGGGUGUAUAUGGGGGAUGCCCUCUCUGUCCCCUUUAUAGUCUCUUGGUUCACACAAUACCAGUUACCAUGCGCCCGCACGAAAGCCAUACCGAAUAGGGCUUCACACAUUAAAGAACGAUGAUUUCGGCGCGAUUUCUGCAACGGGGAGAAGCGACGCUGCGCCGAUCUCUAUAGUGUUUACACUUUACUUAACAGCUUUUCGUGUCUUCACGAAAGCUGUCCGGUAUAUAAGCUCGUGCGAACAUAGCCUUACUCGGAGGCUGACUUAAAUUUGACGUACAAAUAAGAGAUAAAAUCGAAAAAAAAAUUACCUGUUUUGUUGUCCAGGUUUAUUAUUCCUUCAUUUUUAAUUGCUUCGUGAACGUUUGUACUCUUUAAAAGUUCCAGAAAUUAGAAAUUAUUUAGACUAGAAAUUCAUAAAGAGAAAGCAGACAUCAGACAAUGAAAAUUACUAUUCGGUACUAUAGAAACACAAUUUUUGUCAGUAACUUUAAAUUAUCAAUAAUGAUGAAAAUGAAACAUGAGGAUCCUACAUUAUCGGUGUAUAACGGUGUUUUAUUUCAAGCGAAGGGAGCCGCGAGGGGCCGAGGAAAAGCAGGCUCAGUUAAUAUUGUUGAAUAAUCCCCGAGAAGCAGCUUUGGCGAAUAGUAUUGUUUUAAACAUAGCUGGAAAUUUCUUCCCAACAGCACGCGCUCUCGUUGAUUACUUCGAGGUCUCAUCUGACAAUGAAACUGUUUCCCGCCAAAUUCUCUGAGCAGGCAACAUUGCAAAAUCUAUAACGUCAGAGGUAACAGUGCACUGUUACCCGCGAAUGUUGACCGACGACCGCCGUUACAGGAGGUUUAAUGAAUUUCCAGCUUCGAAAUUUCCAACUAGUCACUUAAAGACUGGUCCUUGGGGAAACAGCUAAGUUUCCCUCGGAACCAGUCGUUUAGUGUUUAUUUCUUCACUCAACCCAAGUAACUAUCUGUACCACCUUCUGACCAACGCUGUUCAAAUAGGCAUAUUUCGUACUCUUUAACCGAGCACGGAGGCCGCUAGUUUUAUCCGCUUCACGCAAAUUGUGCCCCGUCUGAAAGCUGAAAGCGCGUAGAAUCCGUCCAAGUUUUGCAAAUUUGGAGUGAUUUGCACUUUAAAGCAACACUGAGUGAGAAUGCUAGAAGUGGAAUGUUUUAUCAACAUAAUUUAUACACACAAUUAUUGAGACUCCCUUUACAGGACUUUCCGGCUAGUCUUUUCUUUCGGUUUCAAUAUGAAGCACCUCGAAGGCGGAAAGAUCGCUGAAAUGUGAUCAUACUUCCUGAGACCAAGAACUCAGGGUUAAGCCAAGGUUAAAGCACAUUUUUCUUGUCAAGAAUUAUUUUUUUUAACUUAAUGGUGUAAAAUAUUGUCGAACCUUUACUCCGAGAUACAGAUGAUAUUAACCUCCUUGGAUAGUCCUACCGCUAGGACAGCUACUUUAAAACUUUGUUGAUGAGAACAAAUGCUUUCAGAUUCGAUGCAUCAAGAACAGCAUCCAGAAGAGGAUCGUAAAGCAGUCUUUGCGUAAGUACUGACAUGUGCGUUUUAGUCCGUUUUCUUUAUUUAUAUCGACCUCUCUGAGUGAUCUUCAAAGAAUACUAUGUGGACGAAAAAUGUUGAAUGCUUUGAAAACUGACAAAACAGCCGACAUUUCGCGACGCCACCAACAGUUUCCGCGCGAAAUGACAUCUGAGAACCGAGCGCAGAAAUUCCAUACUGAUGACGUGUCAUUACCCAGAUCUGGAUAGUGCUUCUGAUUGGUCGUGCCGAGUGGCAAAUGUGUUUCAACCCGUCAGAAGCACUACCCAGAUCGGGGUAGUGACGCGUCAUCAGUAUAGAAUUUCUGGGCUCGUUUCUCAGACGUCAUUUUGCGGAAAAGCCGUUGGUGGCGUCGAGAACGGCAAAAAAAACAAUAGGUUUGAUUAGCAAAACAACGACUUUGCACGUGCAUCACGCUUUUUUGUACAUUUCUUUGCCGUCGUUGCCCGACUACAACCUGAAAGUGCCUGAAUUCACGUUUUGUCGAGGACGGGAACACAAGACAACAACUUUCUUUUCUUUUCCUGAACUUUGAUACAGUCCUUUAGAAUUCAACUCCAAAAACAUUUGCCAACAUUUGACGAAGUAAACGAGAUGGAAUAAGCGCGGUAACGUUUGAGGCAGCGCGACUUCACUUUUUAGGUGACGUUUUUGUAGCCGUCGCCGUCGUUGUUGCUUAAGCUCCCUAAUGUCGGCUGUUUGCUCAGACUGUGAAAACUGUGAAAAAGUAAAAACCCUUGACUUUUUAUCCGAGCAAGGAAAACUCAUAUUGUUUGUUUAUUUUAUUUUAUUUUAUCAACGCCAUCGUGCUUUUUUAAAGUUUCAAGGUAUAAUGUAAAUUGUAUGCAUUACGUCUCAUCCCGUGAAGUUUCAAUGGCCUAUAAUGAAUUUUUAGUAUAAACACAAGAGAGACUGAGGCCCCCUUCCACACCCAUCCGGAUAUUUUUGAAUCCGCAACUUUUUCUUAAUUUCCGAUUUCAAAAGUUUCCACGUCUGCUCGUAUCCGUAUUCAAAUCAAAUUUUUCCUUCCACACGUUUCCGAUACGUAUCUGUAUUCACUCUAGUACCCAAGACUCCUCUGGGAAUAUUGGCAACGGAGCACGCGUCUUAAAGCGCGCGAAAAUUACAUCUUGCAAUAUGCAUCGACGGGUAACAGAAAGAACCUGGGAACGAGCUUGUCAACUACGGUAAAGAACUGGGCUUAAUCUUGUUAUGUCGCCGGAUAAAAAAAUUUCCGAGUUUAGCGUCCAUACGAUAUUCCGGAUUCAUAGCAUAUUCAAAAAUUUCCACUCUGAAGAGCCGAUUCAAAAAGUUGCGGAAUUGUCUGCCGGAUUCACCAGAUUCGUGUGGAAGAUAGCCGUAUCCGGAAAGAAAAAGUUGCGGAUUCAAAUAUCCGGAUACGUGUGGAGGGGAUCUGAGAAGAGUACUAAAGACUGCAUCAUGGGCAUAUUAGUCUUCUUUAGCUGGUAUUGUUGUUUUCCCAAUAGAGGUCUGAAGGGAACUUGACCCUUUGUCUUCUUUUAAAUUGUUCAUACAGAUGCAAGUGCAUGUUAAGCUUCGACGAAACGGGCAACAAAAACGUUCAACUUGUUUUGCAACAUUGCUGCAGAACGAGUUGAAUAGCGAUGUUGCGUGUUUUACCACCCACGUUCAAACCUGUUAACAACCUGAUUUGUUGCAAGACAGGUUUGAUGUGAGCGGUAAAACGCGCAACAUCGCUAUUCAACUCAUUUUGCAGCAAUGUUACAAGACAAGUUGCGUGUUUUUUUGUUCCCCGUUUUUGCGUACUUUACGCGGAAUGAAGGCUGUAUUUUCUCUACGUUUGAACAUUUUGAUUUAAAUGUCACCUCUGGUAACAAGAUUUUUCACCUUGUGACAGAAGGAAACUUUAGCACCAGACGUUCUUGACUCACGAACGGCAUGGCUGGCCGAGCAGAACUGGAUCGGGAACGCGGUUUUGGCGCCAAAUGCAAAUCAUUAAGCAAAUCUACCAUACGCUUUUAAAGUUCUAACAUAACAAAGAGCAUACACGGGUUGAAAACUGUUAUAUUGGACAUCAAAUGUUAUAUUGGACAUGAAAUCUAACUGUGUUUAUACGCACGUUUCUGAACCUCUGGUUUCAUCAAAACGCGAGUUCUCAACUCAAAAACGUCUUGACAGGAGUUGACUGUUACAUCCUGUCAAUUUCUUCUUUGUGGUGAUUUCAAAUUUCACGUCGAUGACAAUACAAACUAGCCUGAAUUUCAUCCGAUUACUUCGAGUCCUUAUUACUCCCUCAGUAACGUCUGAGUCGACCGGCCGUUAAUGCCGUCCAGUGACGUCACUACUCCUUUGGUUUAAGUUCAUGCAAAAAGCAAAACACGAUUUUCAAGUGGCAAACCAAGAAAUUAUCGUUUAGAAAUGUUUACAUGAUACAGAACAGCUGACAGAAUUGCUUUACUCUUUUCGAUCGUAAUUCAUGUUUUUGACGUUUAAACUAUCAACUGCAUGCAGUACUCUGAACCGGUUGUAAUUGAACUCGGCGCAAUCUCGCAAUGAAACAAAUACAAACACGAAACAGUUACUUCAAAAACACAACAAUUUCCUUAAAUUGAAAAGAAGCUAUUUGGUCUUUAACGAAGAAAAAAAAAAACAAGGAGACAAGAAAGAAAAGCUAACAGAAUCAUUACUCUUGACGGUGAAAAUGGCGAAAAGAAGGUCGAAUGACAACGUGACAUUGGUCUUCAGAAACUUCGCAUGAACAAAAUCACUUCGGAAACCACAAAGCGGCUCUAAAUGAAAAACCUACCGACUCUCCGCAAUGAUUCUUCAUUCGCAGUUCAAUUUAGCAAUUCAGUUUCGAAGACAAGGGCGAUUUCGCUGUUUACGAUAAAGAUUAUCGAAAUGUUUGAACUCUACGCAGGCAUGCCACCGAUGCGAUCCGCUGAAUAUCAAGCGACAAUCCAGCAAAAAUUUCUCAUAAUUACCGUAUUUUUUCGAUUAUCCGCCUUGGGCGCUUAUUGAAUUUUUGGACAUUGAGAGUGGGCGCUUAUUCGAGGCUGGGCGCUUAUUAAAUUUUCACCAUUUUCAACAAGUGUAGUAUGUAUAUUUUGCAAGAACACGGUAAUAACAAAACGCGAAGAUGUAACAAAGCAAGGUUUCUGGAAAACACCCUGAAGAAAACUCCGUCUUCGGAGAAGUCUCAAAUUAGUAAUUAUUCUUUUUUUUGGGUGGUAGCGGCAAGGGAGUGGGAGGGAGGUGGGAUGGGGUAGGGGUUGGCGCUUAUUCGAGGCUGGGCGCCCAUUAACUUCUUCUGCCUUUAGGAUGGGCGCUUAUUCGAGGUCGUCGCUAAUUCGAGGUUGGGCUCUUAUUCGAAUAAAUACGGUAUACAUAAUUAUGCGAAUGUUUAGACAGUCAACCAAUCAAAAUCGCUACCCGGUUUUCGGGUAGUAGUGACGUCACUGGACGGCGUUAACGGCUGGUCGAUUCAGACGUUGCUGAGAGGAGGAAACGACUGGAAGCAAUCGAAUGAAAUUCAGGCUAAAUACAAACAGACCUUUUUUCUGUUGAUCUGAAACAGCAUGUUACAGUCCAGCGUACCCCCCAAGACUACAUUGAUGAAUUUUAUGUUAACCGAAAGUUGAAUCCGUUGGUAACUGUAGAUUUCAGAUUCAUCUCUGCAUUCUUGCAUGCGUAUUAAAUGAGCCGUGAAUUCACACGCGAGGCAGUUACGUAAUUUCUACCAGCUCAGUUUCCCUGGAUUUGAUGUAAACGGUCUUCUACCAAAUUUAACCCAUUCAAAGAUUUUCAAUCUGACCAAAUACAGAGAAGUUCUCGUAAAAUAUUCACUGCUCAUUACACAUGCAGGAAUGCCGAUUUGAAUUUGACACUAUUUACCGGAACCACCAACGGAUUCAUUUUUCAAAUAAUCAGUUCAUUAAUAGAAUCUCGGGGGGUACCCUUGACCCGCCUUGACUGUAAUGGCCCUACCCAUCGUCUGGGACACACAUUGGAUCUUCUCAUCACUCGCGAAAUGGAUACUCUAAUUUCUCAUACAAGAAUUUUACCAGAUCUUUUCUCUGACAAUCAACUGGUUUUGUGCUUCACAAAUUUACCGCGGCCUCCUGCCACCCCUAUAACUGUCACGCAUCGGAAGACUUGGGACAUCGAUCUUGAUGCUUUUUGGAAGGACAUCUGCCGUGUCGUCUCUAAAGAAUCAGUUGAUAACUUGGACGGCAUGAUGACCGCGUAUGAUAAUACUUUGUGUCUUCUACUUGACAAGCACGCCCCAGAACAAACAAGGAAUAUAACCUUUAGGCCAUAUGCGCCUUGGUUCUCAGACGGUCUUCGAGAAUUAAAUCGUGUUAAAAGGCGCCUUGAAAGAAAAUUUCAAUUCACUCUGAGUUAUCAAUCGUCAAGCAAAUUUACUAUCAAGCCUGCCGCAAUUAUAAUCGCUGGUUGGAGGUUUCGAAAACCAAUUACUUGAAGGAGUAAAAUUCUUUCUCGACCAAGAUAUUGGUCUUGUCCGCACGGGCCGUUCCUUGGACCGCUGUUAUUCUCGCUGUAUAUCGCCCCUCUUGAAGAUAUCAUCUCCGCACACGGCUUCGACGCAAUGAUGUAUGCCGACGACACCCAGUUCUACCUUUUUAUGCGUAACGGGAAACGCGCCGUUGUUGUAGAAAAUGUCAGUUUGUGUCUAAAUGAUAUCAUGAGUUGAAAUUUAUGGAAUAUGCCGAAAUAAAUUGUAUUCCGUCAAAGAUCAGUGACUGAGAUAACCCAUUUCUCUUCGCGUUUUUCACCUGCAGAACAGAUGGCUUCGAUUAAAAGUCCGUGAUCAGUACGUUCAGCCGACUAGUGUUGUCAAAGCCGUCGGUGUUACGCUUUCUUCACACCUCACCUUUGUUCCCCAUGUGAACAACACUUGUCGCGCUCUCUCGCGUUCGUUUCAUUCUAUUGGCAGAAUCAGAAAAUAUCUUUCGCAAACGGAUACUGAGCACAUUUUCCUUGCCUUCAUUUUAUCGAAAUUGGAUUGUUGUAACAGUUUGCUCUAUGGAAUUCCCUCUCGUGAAACUGAGAAAUUUCAGAGAUUGCAGAAUACCGCGGCAAGAUUAAGUGUGUGCUUAAAGAAGACCGAUAAUAUUGCGCUGCCUUCCUGUUAAGAACAGAAUAAUUUUUAUUUUAUAAGUUAUUGUUGAUUACGUACAAAUCUCUUAAUGGCCUUGCCCCGGUGUAUAUUAAUGAGUUGUUACAUCAUUACAGUCCCUGUCGUUCUCUUCGUUCUAGUGAUUCCAACCUCCUAGUUAUUCCCAAGACUACUACGCUUACUUACAGUGAUAGAUCUUUUGUAGCAAUUGCUCCGAGUUAUGGAAUCAGCUACCGCUUGCCAUUAGACCUGACAAUUAAAAGUAACUCUGUUGAUAGUUUUAAAAGGGCUUUGAAAACGUAUCUGUUUCGUGAGAGCUCUUUCUUUUAGUUGUAAAAAGCUUCGAAACAUUUAUAUAUAGAAUGCGUUUUUAAGAACUUUAAUUAUUAUUAUUAUUGUUAUUAUUAUUAUUAAUUUGGAAGAAACAGUUCUCUAGAGUGUUAUCACGUGACCUGUAUUAGAAAAACAAAAGAUACAUAAGCUAAUUAAAGAGGUCUAUAAUGGAUAUUACGCAGCGGGAGUGCUCAUGACGCAGGUGACGCCGUAUACCGGCUUGGGUUGUUAUUAGGGAGCUUAAGCAACAACGACGGCGACGGCUACAAAAACGUCACUUAAAAAGCGAAUUCGCGCCACUUCAAACUUUAUCACGCUUAUUCCAUCUCGUUUACUUCGACAAAUGUUGGCAAAUGUUUUUGGAGUUGAAUUCUAAAGGACUGUAUCAAAGUUCAGGAAAAGAAAAGAAAGUUGUUUUCUUGUGUUCCCGUCCUCGACAAAACGUGAAUUCAGGCACUUUCAGGUUGUAGUCGGGCAACGACGGCAAAGAAACGUGCAAAAAAGCGUGAUGCACGUGCAAAGUUGUUGUUUUGCUAAUCAAACCUAUUGCUUUGCCGUUCUCGUUGCUUAAGCGCCCUAUUGGUCCUCGGCCUUUCUCUGCGUAAGAGAUUUUUUUCCAGUACUUCGGUAAGUUCCUUUGCUCUUAAAAUGACAUGUUCAAACUCCCAUAUGUUAGACAAAAUAAAGGCUACUUUGAAGAUGCGCUAUCGCUUGAUUUAAAAGCGUAUCAUUUACAACUUGUUGAAGGGAAAGUAAACAACAUAAGCGACUUGUAAAUAAAAUAAAGAUGCCGGUAUAGCUAAAUAAUAUGUAUAUAUAUUUUUUUCAAAUAUACAGAGAACGCUUUAUAUUGGAAGAAGCCUUGUUGAACUGUUACGAAGAUGUGGGUGUUUGCGUUGUAUCUCCUCUCACGACUGUGACGACACCUGCGAUGAAUAUGUGUUUCCAAUUACAAGGUCCCACGAUAGGCUCAGCACUUCUUAUUGGAGAUGAAGUUUUGAUUAGCAAAGUGAUACAAUUUCAACCCAUUGAAAAGUCCAGCAAGGUUUCUAAAGAAAAGGUGAAGGUGGAUUUGCGUUAUAGUUGCCCUGACUUAAGAGGAUAUGAAGUUGUGAUCAAAGCGUCAGUGAACAAGGAAAAGAAUGAGUGGAAGGAUUUGGAGACCAAAAACGUCCGGAAACCUUCAGGUAAAACGCUCCUUGGUUCCAUUCCAUUAAAGAGAGGAUAGUCGUUAAUUCACGUUGCCAUGGUAGCAAAAUUUCUGGCUGACAACAAACUGAAUACGUCUUUUAGAAAGUGAAUUCGUACUAUCUCAAACUUCAUCGAUCUUAUCGAAUUUUAAAAUUUGUCAAAUGUUGUGAGUAUAGUUAUACUACUACAUGAGAAAUUUCUGCAAUUUGAUUGGCUAAGAACAGUGGUAUUCCAGCUUAAUUUGAAAUACCUACUUGUGAAAAGUACAAAACCUUUGCGGGUAGUAUAAUAUAAACAAAUAAUAGCAUGAUUUGUAGUGAUAUUUGGCAUAAAUACCCCUCGUGAUAUUUCAAAAUUGUCUCUAAUUUCACUCGCCUAACGGCACGUAUAACAAUUUCGAAAUAUCUCUCGUGGUAUUUAUGCCAAAUAUCACUACAAAUCAUGCUAUUACCUAUACUAAUAAAAAAUUAACACAAUUUUAAGGUCGUACAAUAACUUUAUUUAAAGAAAAAGCGCAAUAACCUAUUACAGUUUUCUAACCUACGGCCUUCAAAAAAUAAAUAAAUAGAUAAAUAAAUUUAGACGACAAAAAGCAAAUAAAUUUAUUUGAUAUAUAAAUACACAAAAGAGACAAUAUUUAAAGUAGAAUAGGCUAUAAACGCGUAAUGUAUAUCGAAGAGGUCGAAGAACAUAUGAGGAAAAUCCAUAAGGACGAGUGCGUUACCUGCUUUAAAGGCCACCGUCGCUUUUCAUUUUAAUAACUUCAAAAUCAAAACCGUUAAAUCUAUAACCGACUUUUUCUAAAAUUUGUCGGAGAAUAAUUUUAAGUCAUCAUUACGUGUACGUCAACAUUGACGUUAACAUUGCAACCGAGAUUGACUGCCAUUUUUGCUUUCGGGAAUCCACAGCGCUGGAAUGGCUCGCUGAAUCCAGUAUCCACGACUGCCUUACAUGGGGCAAAGAUGCAAAGAUGCAAAUCUGUGAUAGCAUUUAAGCGAAAAACUCUAAAAAAGCCCCGCCUUCAGUAAAAGAGAUGCAAAGCCACCUUAAAUAUUCAUUUUAGACAGUCCUACAAGCCAGUUAAGUUUUUACCACUGUACUUGGUCGUCUCUAUUAUGUGUACUGUUUUGUUCAUUGAUUACAGAUCUCAGUGAAGAUGAUCAACGGAUUUUCCCGGAAUGGAUGUAUCCUUUUGCUGAAGCGGAGAUAUCUGAUAUAACAGAUUGCUCUUCGUUU